AUGGCAAAGUUGGAGGGCAACGUCACCAAAGCUGCUAUUGCCAUUGAUCCAGGCAAACUCACUUUCCUGGACCUCCCCACAGAGCUGCGCGUCAUGGUUUACGAUUAA